CACCGGCGCGGCAAUCCCGGACCCGGCGAUUGAUUGACGCCAUAUCCAGAGCCCAUAUAUUUGGAUCAAACCUAUCGAACCUGUAAACUCAUUCUAUUCCAACGACUCUCUCACUCGUUCCAAAAGCUAUCACAUAGCACUAUGUCUGACAUCUACUCCCACACCGUCGAAUUGCCAAAAUCUCAGAUCCCACUCUCGGACCUCAAAGACAAGACUCUGCUCUUCGUCAAUGUCGCUUCCAAGUGUGGUCUCACACCUCAGUACAAAGACCUCCAAGCCCUUCACGAGAAGUAUGGAGAGAAAGGCUUAGUCAUCAUUGGUUUCCCAUGCAACCAGUUCAAGGGACAAGAACCAGGAACAGAUGAUGAUGUCCUUCAGUUCUGUCAGGCCAACUAUGGAGUAACCUUCCCCAUCGCCAAGAAGGCCGAUGUCAACGGUAGCGAUACUCAGCCCAUCUGGAAGUACCUCAAAGAACAUGCCGAUCCUCCUGUUCAGGAAAUUGACUGGAACUUUUCAAAGUUCCUAGUCAAAGACGGAAAUAUCAAGUGGUUUCCAGCAAGAUCCACCAAAGUCAGCGACGUCGAAGCUGCUUUGUAAGCGCAUCGCCAUCACUGAGCAUACCGACUCUUCCAAAUGCAUAUCAUCUCGCUGAUGGCUGUCGGGACGAUGCGAGAAGUGAAUCGGUAACUCUCCUGCCGGGAAAGUCCUCAGUCGUCACCAGUUGACAUGUUGGCCAGUCCGACUGGCAAAGACUCUUAUCGUGGCUCGCUUAUCAAGAGAUUUGCAUGAUGCCGAUCAUAUCCGAUUAG